CAUAGAGAGAGUGGUCAUUAUUGUCUAUACUUUUUUGCCUAUAACACUUAAUUUUUAUAAUUCCAACAUUUUCAAUAAUAAUAUUGUAAUUAAAAUUAUCGUUUGAGAUGCAAAUAACCCGUCAAUAAUUAAUUUGAUAGGUAAGUUACGUCAAAACAUUUGCGACGCAGCUUACCUGCCGUAUAUAUUGCAAAUUGUUUUCAACAAUAUUUCGGGACAGUGGACGGACACAAGUAACAUGCAGAUGUUGUACCUAAUAAAUAAUAAUAAUAAUAAUUAAUACUCAACAGCUGUUAGCUAAUCAGUAAUCACUAUUUUUUUUAUAUUGUAAUGAUGUUUUUCUCAUAAAGUCAUAGCGAAAACAAAAGUGCCACAUCCGAGUAUUUUAGUUGUCGUUAGGUACUUGUUGUUAUUAGUGCGAUUUGUUUGAUGCGAGUAGUACGUCUAUGAUUAUAUUAAAUUAUUUUUUCAAUGUAAAAAAAGUAGUGUUUAUAUUAUUAUAACGUAUGCUUAAAUCGAGACUUCAAUUUUUGUUUAUCCGUAAGACGUAAGCGCAAAGAUCCUCACGAAUGAUUUAGAUAUUGUUGUAUUUAGCAUAAGCUCUUAUAGCCUUUACUAAUAAAGUAUCUUAUAGGUUGCGAAAGCUGGCCAGUCUACUCACAGACAAAGCCGUAACUCGUAAUUUAUUAUUAUUAGCUAAUGGCUAUUAUUAUUUUAUGACCGCACGAAACGACCGCUAAAGAGCCCACAUUUUUCCACUCGACCACUCACAUCACUUGUCUUCCAAGUACCAAACUUAGUAUACAAUUGACAAUGCAAAAUACAAAGCAAUUUCCGAAAAUCAGUAAAUGUGCAACAUUAAAAUACGAAUGUAAAAAAUCGUCGUAUGCAAAAAUAUUUAAAGUAUUAAAAUCCUUACGCAAAGAUGAGGUUUUAUGUGAUAUUAAACUAAAAACAGAUGAUGGUAGAGUUAUUUGCGGCCAUAAAGUGGUUUUAUCAUCGGCUAGCCCAUAUUUCCACGCAAUGUUCACAAAUUUUUCAGAAAAGAAUCAAGAUUUUGUUGUUAUCAGAAACAUAGAUUCUAUUGCCUUACAGCUCUUAGUCGACUUUAUUUAUUUUGGGAAAAUAAUCGUCACUGAAAAAAAUGUAAAGGUUUUGUUGCCAGCAGCGAAUUUCUUACAGGUAAUAGAAGUAAAAGAAAAAUGUUGUGAUUUAUUAGCGACACAACUGCGCAUUACAAAUUGUAUUGGUACAUAUGUGUUAGCUGAUUUACAUAGCUGUAAGAAAUUGUUAACAAUUUCAGAAUCAUAUAUUCAACAAAACUUUUCAGACGUGGUACAUUCUGACAAAUGCCUAACCUUAUCACCUGAACAAGUAGCCAAUUUGAUCUCCAGUGAUGAACUUAUAGUUUUAACUGAAAACAUAGUAUUUGAAUUUGUUAUUCGAUGGGUAAAACAUGAUUUGGUUUCCAGAAAAUGUAUUUUACCCCAUUUAAUGGAAUAUUAUGUACGUUUACCAUUAACAUCAUUAAAUUACAUAAUGAAAAAUGCAGUUGAGGAACCUCUUCUUAAAAAUAGUUCUAAUUGUAAGGAUUACGUAAAUGAGGCAUUAUAUUUUCAUUCACUUAAGCCGGAUGACCCUAUUCCACAAAACAUCCGGACUAAACCUAGACUGGGUGAUAAAGUUAUUUUUGUGGUUGGUUCAUUUGGAAUCUUAGAAGGACAUGUUAGUACAGAAUGGUACGACCCAAAAAUCAACCGAUGGCAAUUAUUGACAACAAUUAUGAUACCACAUUUUCUUGGUGGUCUGGCUGUAGUAAAAGAUAAUUUUGUGGUUGCUGUAGGUCGUAUUGGUUAUAGUCUUGAAUCACCUAAUCAGUAUGUAAAUGUGCUAGAUGUAUCUUCAGAAUCACCUCAUUGGAAACCAACUACUAACAUGUUAGUCAAACGCCGAAAUUUAGGAGUUGGUGUGAUAAAUGAUUAUAUAUAUGCUGUUGGCGGUUUUGAUGGAAACAGUUCUGUAAAUAGUGCAGAAGCUUUUGACUGCAGAACUCAAACAUGGCGUAUGAUAUCUAGUAUGUCUAUUAGAAGAGAUAGUGUUGGGCUUGGAGUACUGAAUAAUCUUUUAUAUGUGGUUGGAGGUCAAAUAAUUCAAUAUAAUGAUCAAUAUAAUUCGUCAAUUCAGUAUUUAAAGUCUGUUGAAUGUUACUAUCCCAGUAUCGAUGCAUGGAAAUCAGUCGCAGAAAUGUGUGUACCACGCAUGGCUGCUGGUGUAGGAGUCUUAGAUGGUAUACUGUAUGCUGUAGGUGGUUAUGAUGGAAAAAAUACUCACAGGAGUGCCGAAGCAUACGAACCAAGUACAGGAGUUUGGACUACUAUUCCGGACAUGCAUUUAUGUCGAUAUUAUCCAGUUACAGGAGUAGCUGUAUUAAAUGGAUUAUUGUAUGUCGUCGGUGGUAGCGACAAAGACGUUUCUUCUUUGGAUUCUGUAGAAUUUUACAACCCCAACACGAAUACCUGGACUAUGGUCACAGCGAGAUUGAAUAAACCACGAACUUUUUUCGGAGUAGUUGCCAUUGAUAGGUCACGAUAUUUUAAAACUAAGCGGUCAUGAUUAUUUUUAAAUGAAUUUAUAUUGAUAUAUAAAAUCUAUUGUAAGAAAUAUUAUAUUUUUUGUUUUCCUAUUAAAUCAUAAUCGUACAGUU